GAAACGUUAAAAAAAACUUCGUUUCGGCCCAAUCAUAGCAUCUCUGGUCAAUGCCGUGGUUAACAGAGACGUGGCAUCAGGCCCAAAUUCCAUUUCAUUACAGUUCACAAACUGAAAGGUAUUGAAUAGUUGCUCUAAUCCCUCAGAGACCCGAUUUAAAUCACACACCACAGCCAGAAUCCAAGAACCACAGAUGGGUGCUCCAUCCCAGACCAAACCACAAAGGUUAUGGUCGGAGGAUAGACACCUGCAGCCGGAGGAAGCAGCUGUUGCUUACAGUGUCAAACGGCACUUCCUAUCGGUCGGUCUUGAGAUCCUCAUUGGGAUUAUUGGACUGCAACUACGUCUACACGAUCAGAUUUAAGUAUGAUACGUAUACACUUAAUAUGCCUCAGAAAGCCAGACGAUUUUCGUCACGAGUAAAUCUGACGGUAAUUCCAGAUGUAAUAGCUAAUCAUCAUUGGCUUAUGUACAGAUCAGGUGGCAAUGCAAGGUUGUAAAGAUAACUAUCUCGAGCAAUCAAUGCUGAAGACCAGAGAGACAAAAACGAAAAUGAAGGGCAGAAUCAUGGAGUGGUUGCAGUACCAUCAGCAAAGAAUUGCCUUCUCACUCACAGUGCUACCAGCAUUGUGUCAGAAGGUGUCCUAAGAUUGUUCUGAUGUUUCAUCAUUUGAUACAAAGGGUAAAAAAAGGACAGUUCAACGACACAACGUCAAAAGCACCGAGAGAGACCAAAACAAUGAAAACCAUUACAGCAAAAGAUGUCAAGGAUUCAGAUGCAGAGAUGUCCGUGCAUCACACGCUCGGCAGAAGCCGGCAUCGGAUCAAGUGUUGGAUUAUGCAUCAGUAGAUCUUCACCAUCCAAAGCCAAAAUACGGACCAAGAAAAACAAACAAAACAAGAUUGGAGAUCUGCUGUUACUCAGUGGUGGCAAUAAGGUUAUUGGUUCGAUUCUGCCGGCAAGUGUCCUCACUGCUUUCAGAAGAGGGAGCUUGGUAUCCUCAUCGCAACAAUAUGUUCCACCCUCCGAUGGGGAAAAAAAGCAAACGGGGAUUUCAUGUAGAGAGAAAAUAUUCCGAAUAGCAAAUAAGCAGAGAAAAAUUAGAUGGCUCAGUUCAGCGGGAAAAUCGGCAUACAGAUCGAUCUCAUGUAGAGAGAGACCUGUGAUUUGGUCUGUUGAGCUUGAAUUUUACCGAGUCGUCACUGCCAUCUCACUUGAUACAAAGAACUGCUUACGACGAACAGAAAGAACGAUGCAUCCACCAUUAUCCGGAUGUGUUCUAAGCCUAGAGCCGGCAGAUCUAGCUUGACGUGGGAUGGAAUGAGGCGAGGUGCUCUGAACCUAAAGCUCG